AGUUUGUCCCUUUUUUUAUUUAGUACCUGGGAAAACUUUUUUUUACACUCAACAUAUAUCCCUGGUUGUUAACUAUAACGCUUAGUAGAGAAAUAAAUUCAUUCAGUACGAAAUGCAAGUGCCACUACUGCACCGGAGCAACCAGAUGGCUCUUCUAAAGAAGCAGAUCCGUCGGAAGGCCAGGGAGUUGCGCCAGCGAAAGCGUCGAGCCCGUCGUCGUCUGGAGGUGAUGUGCCGGAUUCGUGACCAACUGCUCCAGAGGAUGCGGGAAUCCAUAGGCCUGCGGCAGCGGGACGCGGAGCUGGAGAGACGGGAGCGGGCGAGGAGGGCAGUGGGCGGAAUGCUGGCCAUGUACAAGCACUGGCUGGGCAAUUGGUCCCGAGCCUUGAGGCUACAGAAUCGGCUCAUUCGACAGCAGGAGCAGUUGAAAAAGAGGCUCCAUCGCAGGCUGCACCACCUGCGGAAACGGCUGAAGAAACGACGCAAUCCACAACGACUGGUGGACAAGUGCUUUAGCAGGCUGGCCAAGGCCAUAAGAAAGUGGCAGAACAGUCCACAAUACCAUCAGUUCAUUGAGGGUCAAGAUCAAAUCUGGGAGGCAGAGGCCCAGGAGGUAAGAAAGUAUCUAUCGGAUAUCCGUGGCAAGCGGCGACGAAAGCAUCGUCGCACUAGGGCUAGUCAGGAUAACGACAUAGAAGACUUUGCUACUUUCUGGAACAAUGAGGUGCUGCGCAAAAACACCAAAGCCAAGGAACGAACGAAGCCAGAAAGUCCAGAAUUUAAGGAGGAGCUAAAACAUACACCUUAUAAAAUUCCCAAAGCCAUAAGAUUCAAAAAGAAACCCAAGCCAAAAACUAUGUAUAUAAGUUUGGACGAACUCCUAAUUCAAAAGGAACUUAAAAGAAAAAUGAAAAAGAUUCGAAGACAAAGAAAACCAGAUCCCACUAAGCCGUCUUUCGAUGAACUUAAGUUGUUGGUAAAAGAACUAAUUGAAUUCCAUUCGCCAAAGAAAGAGAAACGUGCUUCUGGAAAGUCUAACACGAGUCAAAAAGCCCCUAAAAAAAAACACAGAAAUAUAAAGAGGUCAUCGUUUAUGUCGGAUAUAUCAAUCUUUCCAGAAUCGCCAGUUCCUCAACCACAAUUUCAAAGAAAGGCCAAAAAAGCAGAUCCCUUAAAUCUGAAGAAAGUGUUAAGAAUGGACGAUGCACCACAGCCGAAGGUUCUUAAAACAAAAUUAUUAAGUGCAAAAAAAUCUCGAAAUUAUAAGUUAUGGAAGCGUAAAAAUAAGUACGUGGAUUUGGUUAUAAGGGAUGAGCUGAGAGCACUGUUUGACCAAAAUAAGCAUGUUAAGCAUCGCAAGCGGACGCAUUCCCAUCAUGGCAAAAUUGUGGCAGUUGCCACAGGAUCAGAACAGUUUAAGAAAAGGUCUUCCUGGAAAGGAAGAGGUAAAAAAAGAGGGGCAGAACCUAAGAAAAAGAGCUCCUAUGGCAAACAAAGAACUUUGGUCCAUCGUUUGCUUAGUGAUCUAUCAACGAUCAUCAAACACCGCAGGCACAGAAAAAAGCACGCACACAGUAUGAGAGGCUUCAGUAGUAGUUCAAGUGGUUCAAUAAUAUCCAAAGAGGUCUUGAUUGAUAAAACAUCUCGCCAUUCAGAUGCCGCCACUGAUGUAAUGGUGCGCAGACUUAAGAAGCGACCCAGACCAGAGGCCGAAAAUAGCGUAACCCAAAUAGCUGAAGCCAGGGAUAGCGUUACUUCAUUGAGUGAAUCGCUGAAUAAAAUCAUUAUGGCCAACCGACCGCGGAAAAGUAUGCGUAAAUCUUUUCGUGGGCCACUCAUAAUGCCCAAAAAGAUAGUUAUUGCACCGUCAAAAGGUCAGAACGAAAGCCACUAUCAGUCUCUCAAGAGGAACAUGAUGUACAUUCCCACCAGUGUUUCGCAGCCGGUGCGGCCCAGAAAAUGGAAAAGUUUCUCCAGUCGUAAGUCCAUAAGCGUUCCCCUGCUGACCAUUCAGAGGGAAUCGAAGCCAUUUCGUCAAAAAGAGCGUUUCCGAUACCAUCCUGUCCAGGAUGAAGACAGCGAGCGGCCUAAUAAUUGGGGGAAAUAUUCAAACUUGGGUCGAACUAUCGACAAUAGCGUUCCCCAGACAAGCAUUCAAAUUGAUGAAAAUCGAAAUAGAUCUGUGACUCUCGUUCCCGCCGAUUCGGCUGGCUACUCCAGUCCCAGCUCUGUUUCCAAGACAAGGCUCCAGCAGUUACGCGAAUUCCACUACGAGGCCCUGCCGGAAGAACUUGAUAAGAUGGAUCCAACCCAACUACGCGAAUACUACGACCGAAUCGUACGGGCUUCGGAGGAAGUUCACUCUGCUGAGGCUACUGAGCGUAGGGGCCAUUCCGAGGCUAGGUCGACUGGCCCUGGCAGAUUCCUCAUUCGAGAUCUGGAAUCGGAUGCUAAGCACAAGCCCCUGCAGAUGUUCCUCAGGGACGUCAUUGAGAAGAACAAUUUCAUUGAUUAUGUGGCCGAUGUCAAGGGCUUCAUGCUGAUGGUGGGCAGACACCCAAUGUGGGACAGCCUGCAGCUUCUCCACGAUGAACUAAAGCGUACGGGCUUCAGUAAGGACGAGGUUAAGCAGAUGCUCUCCGCCAGGUAUCUGGAGUAUCUCAAUGGCGUUGCGACCGAAAUGCAUUUCGCAAAGAUAGAGCCGCCCCGAGAUUUCUUUCACAAUCUUGUGGACACCGAGCCUGUGCAGCCACCUGCAAGAAUGUGGAGUCAGGCGGACAGACCGAUGGCCAAGAGCUUUAGGGACAGCCAGCGGCACAGCACACGGCUCAGCACACGGCUCAUUCCGUUCGGAAAGCGGGGCACCAGGAGUGCCACGCCCUAUAGCCACCGCAGCUCACAGGAGGCGAGACUGGACGGCACGCUGUACAAGAAGCUCAUCGAGCAGGAGUUGAAGGCGGCGGCGCUGGAGCGCGAGGAUCGCAAGCGGCGCUUGUUUCCAACAUUUAGCCGCAUUUUCGGCACCUACGGAUCGUCCGUCAGCCUUGUGCCCAGCUUGGACAUGGCGCCCAGUGAGGAGCAGGACCUGCGCGACUCUGAGAUGCGGUACUCCCUGCAGAACCUCAGGUCCGUGUUGAACGAACACAAAAAGAUGUUCAAGGCUUUUAACCGCAGACGGUUUACGGAGGAGAUAGUCCAGAAAGAGUUGGAGGGAAUGCGGGAGGAAAUGCUAUCUACAACACAAUUCAGGCGACCCAAAGAAAAACCCACGACGUUUACGUUAAAGAAAAGGAAGCGAAAACUGCGGCCCAUCGAGGAUCUGUACUACGCACCGCGGAAGACGUGUCGCAUGCAGAAGUUUACCGAGGGCUCGGAGUGUUCGGACUGCGAGUGCAAUGAAGAGCAAUCCGGGAACUCGAUGGUCCUCGAGAAGUGCCCAAGAUGUGGGGUCAAAGUGCCGGUGCCGGCAGCCACUCCAUCCUUCCACUACAUCUCUCCCACAUCCAGCAGCGAAGUCCUGUCCAGUGGUUCCAUAGAAGCCUGUGCCAAGAAUGAGCUGUUAGCCGGUACCCUUGCCGAUAUCUGCACACGAUGUGGCUAUAUUCAUGACAAAGGUGAUCCCUGCUCACAGUUGCCCCAAAAUACGCGUAAUAGUAAGCUACUGAAGCGCAUUAAAGAUAGUCUACGUACUGCGCCGGAAUGUCCUGCCUUCUGCUCGCCCCGCGGGAUCCUCAAGAAACCGAGAAAUUUUGAUCCUUAGAAGGGAUUGAAGAGCGGCAGCUGCAGCAGCUUGGGGCACUUGCAGCCAUCAAGUGUGCAACCAAACUCCGGAAUUGUACGGAUAUGAACACCAAAUCAGCCGGCUGAGGCGAAUGAAACAUUUGGUUUAAGUGCAAAAUAAAUUCAAGUAAUGAGUUUGCCUCUGUCUGUGGGUGUGCCUGUGUUGUUAAAUGCUUUGCCAAGUUUCAUAAAAUAUGCAAGGACUUUUCCACAAACACACACACCCACACACACACACCCACAAACACAGGCAAGCACAUGCGAUGCACUCACGUACAGGGAAAAUGUCUGCGGGCUUUUAAUACACUUGCUGCUGGCUCCUCCGAAUCCUGUUCCUGCUACUGCUACUCCGGUUCCUGUUUCUGCCCACAGCUUUGGGCGUAUGCAACGAAUUUUCAUCCUGCCUUCUUUUUUCGGCCAAGUUUUUAAGUCGAGCCAUUGCUGUAAUGGAAUUUUAUUGCAUACUCGCAUUCUGUUUGCGCAAGCGAAACAUGUUUCAGACAUUUUCAUAAAUGGAAACGCUAAAGCAGUCAAACGCUUAUUGGCCGAAGAUCGGGUACGCUUAACAGAGAUCUUG